AGAAAUUUAAACCAGUUAAAACGAAGGAAAGGAAAAUCAAAGAAAAUGUCUCUAUAUGGUAAGCUGGAAGCUGAUGUAGAGAUCAAGGCUCCUGCAAACAAGUUCCAUGAAGUGUUUUGCAGCAGACCUCACCAUAUAUCCACCAUGUCCCCUGACAAGAUACAAGCCUGUAAUUUACACGAAGGAGACUUAGGAAAGGAAGGCUCAGUCAUCGGCUGGAACUACGUUCAUGAUGGGGAGGCUAAAGUUGGGAAGCAGAAAGUUGAAGCGAUAGAUCCAGUGAACAACUCAAUCACAUUGAAAUUGAUAGAAGGAGACGUGCUGAAGCAGUACAAGACCUUUGUGUCAAAAAUUCAAGCUACUCCAAAGGGCAACGGCAGCGUUGUGCACUGGACUUUUGAAUACGAAAAGCUGAACCAAAGUGUUGCACACCCUGAGACACUGCUUGAUCUGGCUGUUCAAAUGUCCAAAGAUAUCGACUCUUAUCUCACCCAAGCCUAAACCAUAUUCCAAAAGGUCACAUUGAAAAUGGUGUUUGUAUGCUAUAUAUAAUGAAUAAAACCAUACAUAUGAUAUGAGGAAUAAAGGCUUGGGACGUUUAUGGAUGGUGCAACUUCAACUUUCUUUACUACGUAAUUAUUAUGAGUGCAGUGCGUUAUAAUCUUUUGGAUCUUUUUGUAAGGGUGAUUUGAAGCUUUUAUGUUCGUCAUGUACAAGUUCUGCAUGUUUUUUUCUUCUUUGAUCAGCAUAUAUAAGUUCUGUGCAGUAUGUUUUAAUUAAGGAGCAAUGGUUUG